CAACCCUCUCGCCACCCUCCCUCCCUCCCACCUUUUCCUUCUCGGUUCUGGAAAAAACCAGAUGCUUCCAAACGACAUAACUUCGACGUACUAAUAUUAUUUAAACUAGCUUACCACUUGGGACCUCGUGUUUUGCUUUGAAGUACUUCGAGCUAGAGAGAGAAAGACACACUGAGUCAGAGAGAGAUUAAGAGAGAGAAAGACUGGAGAGAUUUAAGAGAGAAGAAGGAAUCCCAAAGCCGCUGUCCCAAUCUUUACACCGUUAUCUGCUUGGGACAUUGCAAUCCCCCUUGUUCCUCCCAUUGCCGAGAUCCCAUUUUUAUUAUAUCGGUCCAAUCCAUGAAGAAACCCGAACAUCAAACACCUUCCUCUCUCUUUGUCCCAGUACUAUUUAGUCCCGUUAGGUCCUCCAGGAUCUCCAAUAAUCUUCCCAAUGGCUACUUGUGCUCUUCUCGGUGACAAUGGCGGCGAUCGCAUCAGCGGUAAUGGCAGUAGUAACAACAACAAUAGCGAUAGCCUCGGUGGCGGUGGAGGAAACCCUUCUUACCCCAUGAACAACAGCACUACCAAUUCCAACAGCAGCAGCGUCGGGCAGCAGCCACCCAAGAUGGUGAGAAAGCGAAUGGCGUCUGAGAUCGAAGUCCAAACCACCCUGACAAGCAGAACCGCCGGUUCGGACUAUUUCAGGCUCUCCCGCCGCGGGAUUAUUAAUAAUAGUCCGCCAGUCCAGCCGGUUAAUCAAAAUCCAAACGCCAGUAAAGUGAAUAGUAGUAUGUUUUAUCCCAACCACUCCACUAUGCAGUUACCAGUACCAUCUUCCACAAAUUUUGCCGCUUUGACGUCACCUGGUGGGGCUUUAUUGUCACCUACUUCUCCUUCUCCUUCUCCUUCUUCCGCUGCAGCAGCCGGCACCUGGGGUCCUAUCGAUCCAUUGUCUUUUCAUCGUCCUCUUCCGGUUCAGCCGACGACGACCUCCCAGACCACUACUACUCCUGCCGUUUGUGGGUUUUCAGGCCUGCCGUUGUUUCCGCCAGAAAAGACUACGCCUUUGAAUACUAGUAUUACUGCUACUACUCCGUCGUCCGUGUCCAUGGAAGAUGGGUCCUCCGCCGCCACGGCGUGGAUAGACGGGAUCAUAAAGGACCUCGUCCACAGCUCCACCAACGUCUCCAUCCCCCAGCUCAUUCAUAAUGUUAGGGAGAUUAUCUUCCCUUGCAACCCCAGCCUCGCCGCUCUUCUAGAGUAUAGACUCCGGUCAAUAUCCGAGCCGCUGCCGCCGCCUCCUCUGCCUCUUCCAGUUCCAAGCUUUAAUCCAACCCCAAUCCCGGACAUAAGGAGGAGACAACAAGGUGGUCCUGGCCCUGGGGCUUUUAAGCUCAAUAUGGACUCCGGUGCACUACAAGACGUUGCAAUCUUCAACCCAUCAACGGUGGAAAACAAUGACUUGUACUUGCAGUCGUGGUCUGGAGGAGCUGGCGGAGGAGGAGUUGGGCUGUCCCUACCCCAACCCAACCCUACUCCUGCCCCUAUCACCUGCAACCAAACCAACCCACAUCACCAAAGCCCUUCCUUCAAUCAGGCAAUUCAUCAAACACAAGACAAGCAGUUAGAAAACUCUUCACCAUCCUCCCCUGCGGCGGAGGCCACCACCCCAACAGUUGCACCCGCACCCACAACCACCCCCGCCACUGCCCCGCCAGAACCAACAACCUCAGCAGUAUCCCUACUCAGAGAGAAAAAAGAAGAGAUGCGGCAGCAAAAGCGAGACGAGGAAGGCCUCCACCUCCUCACCCUCCUCCUCAAAUGCGCGGAGGCCGUCUCCGCCGACAACUUCGACGAAGCCACAAAAAUCCUCCUCGAAAUCUCGGAGCUCUCCACCCCGUUCGGCACCUCCGCCCAGCGCGUCGCCGCCUACUUCUCUGAAGCCAUGUCGGCCCGCCUCGUCAGCUCCUGCCUCGGCAUCUACGCCUCCCUCCCUCGCUCCUCCGUCCCCACCACCCACACACAAAAAAUGGUAUCCGCCUUCCAAGUCUUCAACGGCAUCAGCCCCUUCGUCAAGUUCUCCCACUUCACAGCCAAUCAGGCGAUCCAGGAGGCGUUCGAGCGGGAGGACAGGGUUCACAUCGUCGAUCUCGACAUAAUGCAGGGUCUCCAAUGGCCCGGGCUGUUUCACAUCCUGGCCUCCAGGCCGGGUGGGCCUCCGUACGUGAGACUCACCGGCCUCGGAACCUCCAUGGAGGCCCUAGAGGCCACAGGGAAGCGGUUGUCCGACUUCGCGGACAAGCUAGGGCUUCCAUUUGAGUUCUUCCCCGUGGCGGAGAAAGUUGCGAACUUGGACCCGGAGAGGCUGAAUAUCAGCAAGAGAGAGGCUGUGGCGGUGCAUUGGCUUCAGCAUUCGCUUUACGACGUCACGGGUUCCGAUUCCAGCACGCUCUGGCUUUUGCAGAGAUUGGCGCCAAAAGUGGUAACGGUGGUGGAGCAAGACCUGAGCCACGCGGGUUCGUUCUUGGGCCGGUUUGUGGAGGCCAUACACUACUACUCUGCCCUGUUUGAUUCCUUGGGAGCGAGCUACGGCGAGGAGAGCGAGGAGAGGCACGUGGUGGAGCAGCAGCUGCUCUCCAGAGAGAUUCGUAACGUUUUGGCAGUGGGCGGGCCGUCGAGGAGCGGAGAGGUGAAGUUCCACAACUGGAGGGAGAAGUUUCAGCAGACCGGGUUCAGGGGGAUUUCCCUGGCGGGAAAUGCUGCAAAUCAGGCCGCCUUGCUGCUCGGGAUGUUCCCUUCCGAUGGGUACACUCUGGUGGAGGACAAUGGGACUCUUAAACUGGGGUGGAAGGAUCUCUGCUUGCUCACCGCUUCUGCAUGGCGGCCGCCCUUUCAUGCCGCUGCUAAUCCAAACCUACACUAUUGAGAUGCUUUUGCCCAUGUAUGUAUGAAUACGAUGCUUGGCGUCGGCGGUUGAUGAGUUUGAAUGUAUUAUCUUGUUGUGCUUACCCUACUUUAAUCUUUUUUAGUUGAAAUUGAUGUUGAGUUUUGGAAGAAAACUUGGGUUUGGGGCCUAUGGGCCUUGGGGAGGGAGAGGCUAGGCCUUCUACGUUUAUGUUCGAAAAUUAUUUAUCGCACUUUUUUUUUUUUUAUCAGUGAGCGGUUGAGAUUUAACUAAAUAAGCUAUAGUUAAAUCUCAACCUUUCCUAUUUUUUUCUUCUUUCUAAAAUAAUGCUCAGGUGAGACUUGCUCUUGCUCCG